UCAACGCAUUGCUGUGCUGUACUUGGCGGCGGAGGCGCAGGCGUGGGCGACCUCUACUCAUGCUCGUCCCUCUCAUGCUCGUCCCUCUCAUGCUCGUCCCUCUCGUGCUCAUCCCUCUCGUGCUCAUCCCAGUGGCGGUGGAGGCCCAGGCGUGGGCGACGGUGCUGACCAACAGCACGUACAACUGCGGGCUGUCGCACGGCGGCAACCCCGGCGAGGGGCAGAACCUCUCCGGGGGCGGCCCGGCCGGCUAUUACUCGAACGGGGCGGCGGUGAGCUGGUGGGUGGGCGAGGGCGACCUCUACUCGUACGCCGUCUUCUCCGGGGGCUGCAGCACCGGCAACUGGGCUGACUGCGGCCACUACACCCAGGUCAUUUGGAACAACACGCGCACUGUGGGGUGCGGCAAGGCGUCGUGUGGCACGAAGGCAGAUGUGUGGGCGUGCAACUACUACCCUCCCGGCAACUAUGGCGGCCAGCUGCCCUAUGGUCAGUGCUCCACACCCUUCACACCUACCACACCCUUCACACCCACCACACCCUUCACACCCACCACACCCUUCACACCCGUCCUCCCAUUGAUCCUUCAUUGCACCCACCUCUCUCUUCUCAACCUCCCUUCAAUCGUUCCCCCCUCUCGCUUACCCCCUCCCACCACUCCAGUGCAAGACCCGUGCUACCGGGUGGCAUGCCCGUCCACAGCGACGUGCACGGUGCGGUACGGGCAGCCCAUGUGUGUGUGUGGGGCGGGGCAGGUGCUCGUGAACAACGCCACGUGCCAGCCCGACCCCUGCAGCAGCGCCACCACCACGUGCCCCGGCAACCUCGUGUGUGACGGCUCCUCCGGUACCGCCCAGUGCGCCUGCCCCACCGGCCUCGUACCCAUCAGCGCCAACACCUGCGUCCGUGAGUGCCCCUCUCUCCCCGCUCCCCUGCCUACCCACCCCGCUCCCUUCACCCCUUCGCAGGCGACAUGUGCGGUGGACGGCAGCGGGUACCCGUUCUGCCAGUGCCCCACGGGGUGGUACCUGGGCAGCAACGUGUGUGUGCAGGGCACGCCCGCUGCCGUGGCAGCCACCAGCCUGGCGAUCUACAACACCGCCUCCUACACCAGCACCGCCCCCGCACUCGGUCCCACGCUCGUGCGCACGGGCCUGCCCGUCAACUCGUCGCGCGGCAGCUGUGUCGACAUCCCCGGCGGCAUUGCAGCGGCGUCGCUGCGCGUGCUCUGGAACGUGCCGGACAGCUCGGGGGCGCCCAAGCAGUCGUGCGGGCUGCUGUGGUUCUGGACCAGCGCCUCCUGCUACGGCUCCGCCACCGGCUACUAUCGCCCCGCCGGGGACGUCACCAACUUCGCCAGCAGCUGUCUUUUUACUGUGGUCGUCCAUUGCCCUCCCUCUCUAUCAAUGCUCGCCACUCACUGGUGUGCCGUGUCCCCCUCCUUGCUUGCUGUGUGCAUGCAGCACCACAUCGGGCAACGUGGCUCUCGUCAAGGCUGUAGCCUGCGCCAUCUGACCGCCCCCCCUCCUGCUGCCACCUGA